AGAACAUACUUUCUUCUCAUCAAAGAACCGAAUCCCUUACAAUCCAACAAACGCUGAGCGACAUUCCAUUCAAGCUCAGCAAGGUUAUCUGCAUCCAAGCACAGCCCGAUCUGUACCAGGGCACAAAGCAUAAUUCCCACGUUGGACAUCCCCUGCUGCUGAACUCCCGGGAGAGAAGUUUCGAAUUGGUUGUCGAGUCAUCAAUCCAAAACAGUGGAGUACUCGGUUCCGUUUUCAGGAGAAGAGAUUGUCGAUCCGAUAGCAGACAAGUCAGGAACGUUUGACUUCUGGGAAAAAUGUCCCGAGCUGCUAAAGUGACCUUGGCUGCCUCUUUGGUCGUUUCGGCAACGACUGUUUGGGCAGUACAUUAUAUGCAAAUUCAAGAACGUGAGGUCAUGCACAAAGGUGUUGAAAGAGAUGCGGCAAGACAGGCGGAUAAGAAAAGACAGAGAGCUUUGGAUUUGGAAUUGAACAAAGAAAAGGAAAAACAAUUUCAACAAAUUCAACCAACGAAAGGAUGGCUAAGCGGAAGAGGGAAGUCGCAAGAUUCUGAUCAGAUACCAGAACGGUGAGCUUUGGGCUUUACAACGAGAACAUACUUGUAUGAUAGGGUUAAAAGGAAUGUGAUUAUGUCAAAAGAGAAACGAAUGAACUGCGGGUAAACGAAUGGAAGGAUGGAAACGAGAGUGAUAUGCUAGAUUAUGCGAUAAGUGAUGACGAUAAUUGAUCAAAUUUGGCUUUGAGACGGGCGAAUGAUGUAUAAAAGUACAGAUGCGGACAGGUAUCAUAUGUCAUGGAUAUAGAGUAUGCGAUGCGAACGAGACGAAGAGGAUGCAGUCAAAUGCAUUAUUGUUGGUUGCAGGGGCCUAUUCACGAUUUUGCGAUGAAUCAGAUUGUGAAAAGGCUGAGCCAGCUUGACUCAAGCUGUAUGCGGGUGAAUCGAUAGCGAGGAUACUCU